AUGAGGCAUGUGCAUAUUAUGCAAAUGGAGGAUGCAGUAAAGGAGGAGCAAAAGUCAGUUUGGGUAAAUCCUAGUGGGCAUCAUUGGGGAAAGUUCAGGAGGGCCACAUCUUGGACCACACAAGAUGUUUUUGGAGGCACCUACCUUCAUUUGCAUGUGACAAUGUUUGCUUCUUUUGCUUUUGCAGUCAAUGACUUGGGAGGAUCUCGGAGUGGUGAAGGAAAGUCCAGCUCCGCUGCUGACAAAGUUGUUGAAGAUAUUAAAGCAAAAGGAGGCCGUGCCGUAGCCGACUAUAAUUCUGUUGAAGAGGGUGACAAAAUCAUCAAGACUGCUAUCGACAACUUUGGUCGUGUUGAUAUUCUCAUUAACAAUGCCGGCAUUUUACGUGACAAGGCAUUUGUCAACAUGACUCCUGAUGAGUUCGACCUGAUUCACCGUGUGCAUCUUAGGGGUUCCUUUCUUGUCACAAAGGCGGCCUGGCCAUACUUUAGAAAGCAAGGCUACGGAAAGGUAAUCAUGACAGCUUCAGGAGCUGGAAUCUAUGGAAACUUUGGCCAAGCAAACUACGGCUCUGCCAAGCUUGCCUUGCUUGGACUGAGCAACACUCUGGCCAUUGAAGGAAAGAAGUACAACAUUGCUUGCAACACCAUUGUGCCACUUGCUGGAUCCCGCCUUACCGAAGACAUCUUCCCACCAGAGGUCUUUGAGAAGCUCAAGCCAUCUUUUGUGAGCCCAGUUGUUGUUUGGCUGUGCCACGACAGCUGCCCUGAAACUGGUGGUGUGUUUGAAGCAGCUGGGGGCUACGUGGGGAAAUAUCAGUGGUACAGAUCUGCUGGAAAAGCUUUCAUCGGUGAAGAUUUGAUCACACCUGAGAAAG